AUGGAUUCUGCUGUUGUGCGUGCGAACGAAUCGCUUGCUACUGUUUCCAAGAACCUUGCUGCUUCUGAAGAGCACAAAGUCAGCAUUCAACGUGAAUUGGAAGAACAAAUCAAUGAGUUUGAGCGUGUAAAUUCCGAUUUAAAGGCCCAAAAUAACCAGCUCGUUGCUACCAACAAGGAGAAAGACGAGAUUAUUGGAGGCGAUACAAAGAAGAUGAACGAAUUGACUCAGAAAAUCAAGCAAUUGAAGGAAAAAAUCGCCGAACUUGAAAAGGAUAACGACGAAGCUCACCAGCAAGAACUACAGCAGUUACGUGAACAUAUGGAGCAGCAGCUUGAAUUGAACCGUCAAAGAACAACAAAGAAAAUUGAUGAGGUUGCCGAACUGCUUUACACGCAAUACUCGAAGAAACACGAAACUAAAGUUGGUAUGAUGCGUACCAGUUUCAAUAAAAAGUUGGAUCAAUUGCAGGGUGAAAAUAACCAGCAAAAACUCGACAUUGAAAGUCUUCGCAAGCAGCUUGACGCAGCAGUGGCCGAGAAGGAUCUGUUGCUUGAAUUGCUCGACGACAGCGGCCGGCGAAGACUUUCACCUAAAAUCACCCGGCGCUAG